AUGCAUUCUAGAGAACUACCUUUGGCACUUUUGACACUUUUAUUUAUUAACACCUCUGAAUCAACUUGUGUGUUACGCAACCACAUUACUGCACUGACUGGUGAGCCUUUCUAUUUGAAACAUUGCUCAACUCCAUCUAAGCAUGAGAAUGAAAAAGACACCAUAAGAUGGUUCAAAUACAACACGUCACUUGGACGGAUUGAGCUAAGCCCAAAAAAUUCACCCAGGUUCGCUUUUCAUGAUUACGUUUUGGAAUUUUGGCCAGUUGAAUUCAAUGACAGUGGACGUUACAUUUUCAAAAUGGGAAAUGAAACUCGGGAAUGGAACCUAAAUGUUAUCAAAAGAAAUAAUCACAAGUGUUUUACUGAAAAACGAGUAACAAGCAAAGUGGUGGAAGUUAAAAAGUAUUUGAAGAUACAGUGUGAAAAUGAUUACUUUAAAAACCGAAUCAACAGAACAUUAUUGUACAAGGACUGUAAACAGAUAGCAGAGAACAAUGAAAACCCAUUAAAUUUUCAGAAGAAUGCAGAGUUUGAAGAUGAAGGAUAUUACACCUGUGUGCUUUCCCUUAAUUAUAAUGGAAAACUGUUUAAUGUCACCAAGACCAUCAAUAUAACAAUAUCUGGAGAUCGCAAUACUUUAAGUCCAGUUAUUUUUGGAUCACCGUCUAACUAUGUUAAAGUGAAAUUAGGAAAAGAUGUACGUCUCAACUGCUCUGCUUUGCUGAAUGAAAAUGAUGUGAUUUAUUGGCUCUUCCCAGAAGAAAAUGCAACAUAUGGCAAUAUACAUGAAGAGAGUGAAGUCAAUAUUAUGACCCCAGAAGGUCAAUUCCUUGCUUCAAGGAUAUUACGCAUAGAGAAUAUUAAUGAAAAUAAUCUAAAUUUUCCAUAUAAUUGCACUGUGGGAAGUGCAGAAGGCAAAGCUAUGAGAGUCUUCAUCUUGGUGAAACAAGAGGACACUGACAUUUCCACCAGAGGAAUGAUAGUAGCCAUUUUGCUCCUAGUGGCAGUUGUGUGCAUACUGAUAGUGUGCGCCAUUUAUAGAGUGGACUUGGCUUUAUUGUAUAGACGCUUAAUUGGAAGAGAUGAAACAUUAACAGAUGGAAAAACAUAUGAUGCCUUUGUGUCUUACCUCAAAGAAUGUCAAACAGAAAAUUGUGAGGAGCACACCUUUGCCGUGGAGAUUUUACCCAGGGUGUUGGAGAAACAUUUUGGGUAUAAAUUAUGCAUCUUUGAAAGGGAUGUAAUGCCUGGAGGAGCUGUUGUUGAUGAAGUCCAUUCACUGAUAGAGAAGAGUCGAAGACUAAUCAUUGUCCUAAGUGAAAAUUACAUGUCUCAUGAAGUCAGGUUUGAACUUGAAAGUGGACUCCAUGAAGCUCUAGUGGAAAGAAAAAUUAAAAUAAUCUUAAUUGAGUUUACACCUAUUAGUGACUUCAUGUUCUUGCCCCAAUCACUUGAGCUUUUGAAAUCUCAUCGAGUGCUAAAGUGGAAAGCUGGUAAGUCUCUUUCCUAUAACUCAAGGUUCUGGAAAAAUCUUCAUUAUCUGAUGCCUGCAAAAACAAGCAAGCCAGGUAGGUAUGAAUCAGAAAUCUUACCUGUUCUCUCACAGACUUAG